AUGGUGUCUAUAUUAUUAACCAAUCCAGCAGAUUUCUGCCAGCAGAAUCAGCAGAUUUCAGCAGAAUUUAAACUUGUCCAUCAUCCUCAUCGUCUUCAACUGUUGGAUCACCCUUUUGAUUUUGUUGAUAAUGUCAAUCCAUAUCAUCAACAUCUAAAGGUGAAUCCAUUCUAUCUAAAUGAUGGACCAAAAGUUUGGGACAAGUCAUUUAGAUAUAAUAAUAAUAAUAACCCUACAUUAAAUAAUUCUACUGAUAUUCUAGAAUCGAAAUGGAUUAUCCAAGAGAAAUCUUUAGAUUUAGCUAAACUUACAACAUUAAAACUCCCAAAUAUUGUUGUUGGUAAAAAUUCCAACAACAAGAUGGAUUUGGUCCCAGAAAUGAAUCAAAGCAAUAAUAAUAAUAAUUCAUCUUUAAAUGAUCAAAGUAAUAAUAAAUUUCCACCUGUUCCAGGAAAUCCAAUAACAUCAUCUUCCAAUGUACCAUCAUCAUCAUCAUCAUCAGCCACACUUUUAUUAUCGCCUAUAUCACCUGGAUCUCCGAUUCAAGAGAGAUUCCAUUUGACGACGCCGUCCUAUUUAUUGCCUCCGCUCCAAUCCAAUCCUCGAAUUUCACCAAGUUGGUCUCCUAUUCUUCCAAUGACCAGUCCAACAUUACCAUCUGCUUCCAACAACAACAACAGACCCUUUACUCCACCUCAGCCACGACCUUUUACUCCACAACCCCUAUUGCCAAUGUCACCAAGUAGCCUUUCAAAAUCAUCGUCAUCCUUUUUAUCUUGUCCUCCAUCCCCAACUACUCUGUCUCUUACAGGACAAUUGUGUUCUCCAUACCGACCGCCGCCACCACCACAAUCAUCAUUACCACCACCACCACCAUUAUCUCCAACAACCACUUCUCCAUACAAUUCAAAUUCAUCCAGACCAUCAGUAUCACCAACCACCUCACCAAGACCAUGGUAUGGUACUACUCCAUCUAAUUCUACCUCUACCUCUACCUCUACAACUAGUACCACAUCGACGUCUACCACUUCUACUACUUCUACAUCUGACUAUAACAGACAUCAUCAUCAUCAAAAUCAUCCAUCACCAACAAGUUCUUUAACAUCUACACCUUUUUCAACUCCAGUAUGGUCUACCUCUUUGAAUCCUUUCUCUCCCGAGUCUCCUUUAUCUUCUGACUCGUCGUCCUAUUCUGUGCCACCUUCUCCAAGGGUCAUUAAAUUUGAAUCCGAUCCAAAUCCUCGAAAGCAUUUCAAGCCGCCUCCAUUGCCACCGAUUCCCCCCAAAGAAGAGUCUCCAGUGUUUAAAGAGUUUGCUCGUAUGUGCCAACAAGAGGAAGAAAGGAAAAGGAGCCAACUUACAACAACCACCAAAGCAGCAGAGCAGGAACCACAAAAGAAAAGAGGACGUCCCCCAAGUGCCAGACCAGAGGUAUGUGGCUUGUGCAAGACCUCCAACACACCAGAAUGGAGGAAUUCCGAGGCACAUGGUAAAGUCUGUAAUGCCUGUGGAUUGUUUAUCCAAAAAAGAUUAAAAAAGGAGAGAGAAGCUAGACAAAGACAUUCUAUUUAUAAUGUUGUAAAUGAUCCACAUGAUGCUAAACCUCCAGUAACUGCAGUAACAACAACUGUAGCAGCAGAAGGUGAACAAGAAGUAAUAGUGAUAAAAGAUGAUGAUGAUGGUGAUGAACAACAAGAUGAUGAUGUAAAGGAACAUCCUCCUUCUCCUCCAAUACAACGAUCCUCCUCCAAAUCUAAAAGAAAACCACGUAACAAACAACAACCGCCUAAUAAUAAUCAGCAUCAGUCAAAAAGAAAACAUAAAUAA